AUGGAUCAGCAAAAACCCCAAGAAUUUAUCCUCGAGGCUUUCGCCGACCCGGCUUCAGUUCGCGAUGUAGUAAGAGGAAUCCUACAUACCAUCUUCUUCCACCGAUUCUUCCCCUCGCUGCUACCGCUUUCGCGCGAAGUCCUCGACAUCACGCUACCCUACGUCGAAGAUGCCGAGCUCGACACCAUGAUCGAGAAGCGUGCCGCCGAGCUGGCGCGCGAGCUCGACGCCGAACGAACGCACUCGAAUACCCAUUCCCACCGCAGCGCCGGCGGUCGCGGUAACAUAUCCGUCCAGUUCUUCGAGAAGAAGCGCCGCAAGACGUGGUACCUCCCCUACGGCGGCGGCGACGAGGAGGUCUGCUGGGAGUCCUGGACCGUGAAAGUCACCGUGGCGGAACCUCGUACGGAGAGCGAACGAGCCAAAGUCCGCAAAGCCAUGGAACAAACCCUCCUCACGACCGCCAUGAAGAUCGUGACCUGCGUCAACACCCACAAGGACCACAUCCCGCCCAUAACCACCAGCGAGGCCAACCCCUUCCCCUACCAGAUCAACGUCAACCAAAAAGACGCCGGGUGGGCUACGCGUAUUGGCAUAUAUUAG